AUGAAUAUCCCAGCUUCAGAAUCAGAAGUUCAAAAAUCUCAUGAAGAAAGAUAUAAAAAUUACUUUUUGGAAUCUACUAAAAAUUUAUUAGAUGGUGAAAUAGAUGAAACACUUUCAGAAGAAGGCACAAAAUUUAUUCAUAAACAUAAGUUACAAUUUAUUGACGAUGGAGAUUAUCCAUGUAUAUUACUUUCACCUCCUCUUGAUUCUGAAAAAUUCAAAAAAGCACUGAAAAAUGUAACAUAUGCAACAAAUACGAUUAAGAAAGAAGACCAUGAUAUUUACACAAAUUAUUAUUUAAAUAAAUGUGCAGGUGUUGAUAAAGUUUUUGAUUUGUUAGAUAAAAUAUCAAAAGAAACAAUUGGUACAUAUAAAAUUUUAUGCGAUUGUGGUUUCAUUAUUGAAGAUACUAAUAAUGUUUCAUAUGAAAGAACAGCACCGAAGGAAGACGAAGUUGAAAGGUCUAUACCAUUCGUUAUUAAGAAUAUAAAAGAUAUGAAAACUUAUAAACAUUAUAUUUAUUCAUUUAUUUCAGAAAAAAUGGAAGCAACCCAUAAAACAUCAUCUCAUCAUUUUAUAGCUAUUCAUACAUUCCUUUUCAAAGUUGUGAAAUUAAAUAAGACAGGAAUUAGAUUUAAUGUAUCAGGGUACGCAUUCUUGAGUAAAUUAAAAUGUAUUCGUCACGUCGCAGAUGAUAAAAAUUUAUGUGUUCUUAAUUCAUUUUAUGGACUUUAG